UGACGAGGAACUAACCGAAUGGAAAGUGAAGUUUCACAAGACCCACAGUAACUGACUGUAACGUGUUAUAGCAACACAUGAACAGUUUAAGUCCCGCUUUUUUUUCCCACUAAAGACGGGAAAUAAACCAUUUACCGUAGAUAUCGAUUCUUUCAGGGAUUAUCCUCUGAAAGCAGCGAUGGCUCCUUCUCUGGCCCAGGCCUACCGUAGGCGGUGGUGGAUGGCGGUGACUGCGGUCAUAGAGAACCUGCUGUUCUCUGCUGUGCUGCUGGGCUGGGGAUCGCUACUCAUCAUGCUCAAGAACGAGGGCUUCUACUCACACCUCUGCAUAGACAACGAGACAGUGUUCAGUAACAUCAGUUCGUGGGACAGUGGUAUCUGGCAUAGCUGCGUGGACCAGGAAGAGAUGUUGAAUCUGGGCUUUACCAUUGGCUCCUUCCUGCUGAGUGCAGCCACUCUGCCGCUAGGUAUCCUGAUGGACAAGUACGGGCCCCGCCCGCUCCGCCUCCUUGGCAGUGCGUGUUUUGCUUUCUCUUGUGCCAUGAUAGCUGGAGCUGCCUAUAACCCAGAAGUACUCUCGGCCCUCAUUUUCAUCGCAGUCUCCUUCAACGGCUUCGGAGGAAUUUGCCUCACCUUCACCUCCCUCACGUUGCCCAACAUGUUUGGGAACGUGCGCUCCACUAUCCUGUCUCUAAUGAUCGGCUCCUACGCCUCUUCAGCCGUCACCUUCCCUGGAGUCAAGCUGAUCUAUGAUCUAGGUGUGUCCUUCAGGGUGAUCAUGUGGGUGUGGUCGGGGCUAGCCGGUCUCGUCUUCCUCAACUGCUUCCUCAAUUGGCCGGGGGAGUCUUUCCCCGCACCGGAGGACAUCAGCUACACUAAGGAGGUGAAGCUGAGUGGCAUGGUGAUGGAUGACAAGGUGACGGGGGACAGAUUCUACAGUCAUGUGACCACGGUGGAAGAGAAGAUGGCUGCGAAGCAGCAGGAACCAGAUCCCUCGUCAGAGCAGCUCCCAACUGGAGAACAGACACAGGGUGGCCCUCCUUUCCGUAGUUCAGUCUGCUCGCCCAUCUUCCUGUGGAGUCUCAUCACCAUGGCGAUGACCCAGCUACGCAUCAUCUUCUUUAUGGGCGCCAUGAACAAGAUGCUGGAGUUCCUGGUUACCCACGGCGACCCACACCCUUCUAAGGAGCUAUUGAUGGAGGCAGAGCAACAAGUGGGUUUCUACUCGUCAGUGUUUGGCUCUCUGCAGCUGCUCUGCCUGCUCACCUGUCCUCUGAUUGGCUACAUCAUGGACUGGAGGAUGAAGGAGUGCGACGUAGACCAGAGCCAACCUGAACCCCCGAAGAGAGACAGGAAGAUCCAGAAACUGACAAACGCCAUCCGUGCUUUCAUCAUCACCAACGUUCUACUGGUCACCUUCGGAGUCAUCCAGAUGAUAGACAACCUGCCUGUACAGAUAAUUUCCUUCAUCGUCCACACCAUGGUCAGGGGUUUCGUCCACUCCUGUGCCGGAGGACUCUAUGCUGCCGUAUAUCCGUCCAAUCACUUUGGGACAUUGACGGGGAUGCAGUCGAUGAUCAGCGCGCUAUUCGCUCUCCUCCAGCAGCCUCUCUUUGUCAUCAUGGUGGGACACCUGGGAGGAGACCCCUACUGGAUCAACCUGAGCCUGCUCAUUGCCUCAUUGGCUGGAUUCCUGUUGCCCGGAUACCUGAUCUAUCACCGUAGGAACCUGAUGCGAGAGAAGGUGGAGGAGUGUGAGAGGGAGGCCGCUAACCAAUCAGAAAGAGAGAGACAAACCUUACGGCAACCAGAAAAUGGCCAUACCAAAAACCAUACUAAUGGACAUCUCAGCAAUUAAGCUUAAGAAUCUUGACCAAACUAACUGUCAAAUAUCAUAGUCGUUAAUUGUAAAAUAUCAUUAUAGACCAUCGUCAUGACGAUGACAAAUUAUGGUUGUCAUUUUCGACAAGGACAGUGAUGACGAUAUUGUGCACGGGAGUUUGGACAUGUCGCCCUUAAGCCUUUUUUAAUUUGACAUCAAAAUACACACUCAAUAUACUCAUUUUGUUUUAGGUAUGACAUGCCAAAGAAAUCCUAAAAUAUGCUAUCUUUAUUUUAGUUAAAAACAUAAUUUCAUGCCUAAACGUGAAAUAGAAAAUCUCAAUGGAAAUUGAGUUUCGGCAAUUCAAUAAUUAAGCAAUAAUAUUUAAGCUGACCAAAAAUUCCAUGAAGGUUAUUGGUACCAUUUCAGGUCACCCUUCCACCAACCAGAAGCACAGCUCUCAGUAUUCUGUAGUAGACAGGAAGUGGAUUUAUUUCGCUAUCAGAUUGGCUGGUGUAACAUUGAACUACCUCCCCCACCCAACUCUCACCAAACCACAGUCACUUCAUUAAUUUAGGCCUAGCAGCCAGUCUGGUAGUAUUAUUUUAUUGGUCAUUGUUUGUUGGUCUUUGUCUUUUCCGGUUCACUCCCUGUAUCUAUACUAGUCCUUAUUGUGUCUUUACAUCUAGCGGAGAAUACAGAUUAGGAGGAGACAUGGUGGAGAAGGUGAACCGCAGUUUCCCCGUACAUGUGCCCAGACCACCAGCCCAUGGGGCCUGCACAUCCCUAUUAAUUUGACUAUCAAUCUGCACCUGCAAUCUUUCCCUGUGUCCCCUUCUUUAUCUCCAUGUCAGACCUGUCAUUGUAAGUCCACUAAGUACUAUGCCCAUUUGGUCAAGUCUGCGGCUAUGUCCGAAAUGGCACCCUAUUCCCUAUAUAGUGCACUACUUUUGACCAGAGCCCAUGGGGUACAAUUUCAGACACACCCUGGGUCACUACCUCUAUUUCCCUGUGUUCAUCCCAGAGUUACUAUUUAAAUGACUCCGUGCAUCACAAUGUGUCCACCUGAAAUGUGUGUUCGUCCCAAAUGGCACCCUAUUCCCUAUUAUGUGCACUACUUUUGACCAGGGCUCAUAGGGUCUGUUUGUUUGGUCAGACUUCGAUGGUCCCUCUGUUUUUGCGUUAUUUGAUCUUUAGGUUCUGCGUCCCAAUUGAACUAUGAUAAAAUUGCAACGUGAAAUGUCUGUGUAGUUCAAGAGAAAUGCCAAUCAGUACCCAUCACCGAAACCUUUUAAGGUGAGCUGUUACAAAGGAGCUCUUACAGAGAGCUGUAGAUUAGUUUAAAAGAAAAGUAUUUAUAUAAAUGUGGGCAAGAAAGAGCACUUGUCAGAAGCUGAUUCAAUCUGGUCAAACAGCCCACCAACCGACCAUCUUGAAAUGUUAAACCGUGUUUACAGUUAACAGUACUGUACAAGAUAAUAUAGAUGUACAGAUGUGUUGCUCAAAUCAACUCCAAAAGCUGGUUGAAUCUGAUCAACCAACCGUCUUCGGUAUUCAAAAACAAUAAAUGAUUUACAGCUGACAGCCCUCUAUGAGGUCACGUAAAACAGUAUUUUACAGUUCAUAGUAUUGUAUUUGGUCAAAUAAAAGUGUUGCUAGUUAACAGUACUGUAUGAGGUCAAAUAUAACAAACAGUAUUACUAGUUAACAGUAAUGUAUGAGGUAAGGUGGAUGCACCUGAACCCCGAUAUCACUGUCCCCAUGACAACGACAGUAGAACCACCUCAUUGGAGCAGGGCUUCAUUUAGCAGGUGCAUUGGAGCUACUAGGCUAUUUAUUUAGUGUGCAUCCCACUAAAUCCCGCUGUAGGGUAUGGGGUGCCAUUUGUGAUGGAGACCGCGUGUGUGACUUAGUAGCGCUUGAAUCUGAAAGAGAAUACUGUAAUGUAUGUAUGUAAUGAUAUGUAAUAAAUUGAAUGUGUGUAAUAAAUUGAAUGUAUGUAAUAAAUUGAAUGUGUGUGCUUUAUUGUAAGUGCCUGGGGAGCAAGUAUUUUUGUGGUAGCCUGGUCUCAGAUCUGUUUGUGCUUUCCCCAACUCUAUUGCAAGACAAACAUGGCAUGUUUGAAAAGGAGUUGACACGAUUGCACAAACAGACUGGCACUCUGGCUACUUUUGUGCCAUGUAAUGGUA